UCUCUUCCAUUUAUUUUAUUCUUUACCCUCUCCGUUAAGCGACCGCUCCUGCAGAGGCUGUUCGCUCUCACAGUCCUCCUGUCUCCGUCUUCUCGCAAUCCCGACUCUCCACUUCCUUCGUCCUUCUCUUCCCUCUCGACAACUCUUGCUCGCUUUCACGGCUUUGGCACCUGCGUUUCCGAUCCAACCAUGCCUUACAACCAGAGAAGGGGUGGUUAUAGAGAACAGAGGUGGGAAAAGAAGCCAACUUUUGAUUAUCCAUAUUCAGCCAGCUUUCGACAAGAAGCAGCAGCUGCUACUGAAGAUCUCACUAACAGAGUUGGUACAUCAACUAUUGGUGAAAACAGCAGUCAAGGCCAUGCUCGAGCUUUACGGACACAAUUUGGGAGUGUUGCCAGCCAAAACAAGGUUGCUAUGCAAGGUUAUGAGUCUACCUGGAAGUCCCAGUCUUAUAGAACAGCAAUUGGUGUCAAGGUGGUUGAGAUUGAAAAUGCUGCCAUGGAUCAAGCUGACAUUCAGGGAAAUACGGCUGGAACAGCAGCACUUGAAAAAAACACUUGUGGUUUGAACAAGUUACUCAAUGGCUCAUUAUUGAAGGAUCCUACCAUGGAAUGUUGCACGUACUCACAUGCCCAAAUAAAAUCUAUAUUCUAUCCCAAAUUUGUAAAUGAAAAGUCAGAAAAAGAGAUCAGGAUGAGAAUGAUAGAGAUGGUCUCUAAGGGCAUGGCUGCAUUGGAGGUUUCACUUAAACACUCUGGGUCUCUUUUCAUGUAUGCCGGUCACAAGGGCGGAGCAUAUUCCAAGAACAGCUAUGGGAAUAUAUACACUGCUAUUGGUGUUUUUGUUCUUGGACGGACAUUUUGUGAAGCUUGGGGCACUGAAGCAGGAAAGAAGCAAACAGAAUUCAAUGACUUUCUUGAGAGAAAUCACAUGUGCAUAUCAAUGGAGCUGGUAACUGCCGUGCUGAGAGACUCUGGACAGCGUCCCCAAGAAGAUUAUGUUGUGGUGACGGCGGUUACAGAAUUGGACAAUGGAGAACCAAAAUUUUAUUCAACCCCUGAUAUAAUUGCUUUUUGUCAGCAAUGGCGCUUACCAGCAAAUCAUGUUUGGUGGUUCUCAACUAGGAAAUCAGCGAUAAUAUUUUUUUCUGCCUAUGAUGCACUCCGUGAAGAAGGGACAGCAACACCUGUCUGUAAGGCCCUUGAUGAAGUUGCGGAUUUAUCUGUACCAGGAUCGCAAGACUAUAUAAAGGUGCAGGGUGAAAUUUUAGAGGGUCUUGUGGCUCGUAUUGUGAGCCAUGAGAACUUGGCAAGUAUGAAGAAAGUUUUGAGAGAUUUUUAUCCUCCAUCAUUAGAAGGAGUUGGCCUUGAUUUGGGACCGAGUUUGCGGGAAAUAUGUGCUGCAAAUAGGUCAGAUGAAAGACAGCAAAUAAAAGCGCUUCUUCAUAGUGUUGGCACCUCCUUCUGCCCUGACUAUUUGGACUGGUUGGGAGAUGAAAACAGUGAUGUAUAUUCAAGAGAGGUUGAUCAAUCUGCUCUUUCAAAAUUUCUGCAUGCUCAUCCAGAUAACUUUUGUACAGAGAAAUUGCAGGAAAUGAUUUGUUUGAUGAAGGAAAGGCAUUACCCUGUCACUUUCAAGUGUUACCAGGACUUCCACAAAACUAGCUCUUUGUCAAGUGACAACCUUUACUUCAAAAUGGUUGUCAAUGCAUACAGUGAUUCUGCUUUUCAAAUAUACCAGAAAGAAAUGAGGUGCAACCCAGGAUUGUGGCCAUUAUAUCGAGGAUUUUUUGUUGACAUAAAUUUGUUUGAGGAAAAUGGGGGAAGGGCUGUUGAAAUUGCAAAAAGCAGCAAUAAUUUAUUGCAAAAUGUUGUGGAUGGUGGUAGCAAGUCAGGAAACGAUGUUUUAGCCAAUGAAGAUGCAAAUUUAAUGAUAAAACUGAAAUUUCUCACAUAUAAGUUGCGUACACUUUUAAUCCGCGACGGACUGCCAAUUAUAUUUAAGGAAGGUCGGGCUGCUUACAAAGCAUAUUAUUUAGGGCAAAUGAAAUCAUGGGGCACUUCAUCAGGAAAGCAGUGGGCACUCAGCAAGAUGUUAAAUGAAUGGGCAGCUUACAUACUAAGGAAGUAUGUACACAGACAGCUUUCAUCAUCUGUAUAUCUUAGUGAAGCUGAGCCUUUUCUUGAAAAGUAUGCAAAACGCAGUGCAGAGAAUAAAAUUCUGAUUGGAGCUGCUGGAAACAUAGUAAGGGCUGAAGAUUUCUUAGCCAUUGUUGAUGAUGGAAUGGAUGAAGACUGCAACCUUGAGAAAGAAAAGCAGCUAGCACCAUUAACCUUGAGUUCGUCAGUCAAAGAAACCAUUCCUAAAGAUGAGGGUUUGAUUGUAUUUUUUCCAGGCAUACCAGGUAGUACUAAGUCUGGACUUUGCAGGGAAAUAUUAAAUGCCCCUGGGGGACUUGGAGAUGAUCGACCCAUUGAUUGUGUGAUGGGUGAUAAUGUCAAAGAGAGAUAUUGGCAGAAGUUUGCUGACGAAUGCAGAAGAAAACCAUAUGCUAUAAUGCUUGCUGAUAAGAAUGCACCAAAUGCAGAAGCAUGGAGGCAGAUCGAGGACAUUUGCAGAAAAACAGGAGCAUCAGCAGUUCCAGUUGUACCUGACUCUGAAGGAACUGAUUCAAAACCGUUCUGCCUGGAUGCGCUGGCUGUUUUCAUGUCUCGUGUGCUUCAAAGAGAUUAUCAUCCAGGAAAUCUUGAUAAGGCAUCUCCAAAUGCUGGUUAUGUGCUGCUAAUGUUUUAUCACAUCCAUGAUGGCAAGAGUCGUAAAGAAUUUGAAGGGGAACUUGUCGAACGUUUUGGUUCGCUUGUCAAAAUUCCAAUACUGAGGUCAAACAGGAGUCCAAUGCCUGAAUCCAUUAGAUCCACUUUGGAGGAAGGAAUAAAUCUUUACAAGCUUCACAAUGAGAGACAUGGACGUUUGGAGUCCCUCAACGGAUCAUAUCGGAAGUGCUGGGCUAAAUGGGAGAGGAAGUUGCAGGAUAUAAUAUUGGGCAAUUCUGAGUAUCUUAAUUCUAUCCAGGUACCAUUUGAAUCUGCUGUAGAGCAAGUGCUGGAACAGCUGAGAACUAUUGCAAAGGGUAAAUUCACAACCAAUAUUGAGAAGAAAAAGUUCGGAAAUGUUGUUUUUGCAGCCAUCAAUCUACCCAUUAUAGAUAUCCAAAGUCUCCUUAACAAUUUGGCUGAGAAGAACCCCAGCGUUGAAGCGUUCUUAAGAGACAAACAUAUGAAGAACGACAUUAUGAAGGCAUAUGUGACUCUUGCUCACAGGAGAAGACAUGGUGUUACGGCAGUAGCCAGAUAUGGUCCCGUCCUCCAUCAAAACGUCCCAGUGGACCUUAUUGCUCUGCUCUUCUCGGGAAAAAUGGCUGUUUUGGAAGUAGAGCUUGGCUCAGUUGAUGGAGAGAAAAUAACCUCAAAAGAUCAGUGGCCUCACGUUACUAUUUGGACGGCAAGCGAUGCAGCAGCUGCUAAGGAAGCCAACACAUUAUCACAACUGUUUUCGGAGGGGAACGCAACUCGCAUCAAUAUCAACCCACCCAUUACAAUAUUGGGCACCUUGGAAUUUCAUUGAAUGUUAAGUUACCUGUUUUAAUUUUUGCUGAUGUGAGUAAAAGUAUUAUGGCAAAGGUUGGGAGAAUUUUGCUGGGGAUUAGAAGUUAUGUACAUGGAGAAAAUUGAAGAUUUGUAGAGCUCGCUUACAAUUAAAAACAAAUCAAGUAUGAUAAAGAUAGGGGAAGUGUAUAGUUUCUAUUUUUCUCAUUGGAAAGUACUGUUUUCAUUUGCA